UCAUUUUCUUGCGCUCUCAACCACAAUGGCGAAAGAGCUUUUGCAGCUUCCUCUGCUGCUUCUUCUUCCCCAACAACGGUGUCGUUUUGCAGUUCCUCUGCCAAUGUCGAAGCUCUGACUCUCAGAUUUGUCUCUUCCCUCUUCCUUUUGAAUCCCUUCUCUCCGCUGAACUUGUUCUUACACUGUCUCAGUCUGUACUUUGUACUCAGCAGAGGGAAAUCUCUUACUUAUUGAUGACAUGGAGCAGUAUGAAAUACUUGAGCAAAUUGGAAAAGGUGCUUUUGGUUCUGCCCUUCUUGUGAAGCAUAAGCAUGAGAAGAAAAAAUAUGUGCUUAAGAAGAUUCGCCUUGCCCGCCAAACUGAGCGCUCUCGUAGAUCCGCACACCUGGAGAUGGAGCUCAUCUCCAAAUUAAGAAAUCCUUUUAUUGUGGAGUAUAAAGAUUCAUGGGUUGAAAAGGGUUGCUAUGUGUGCAUUAUCAUAGGUUAUUGUGAGGGUGGAGAUAUGGCGGAAGCUAUAAAGAAAGCUCACGGUGUUAUGUUUUCUGAGGAGAAACUGUGUAAGUGGCUUGUUCAACUUCUUAUGGCACUUGAUUACUUGCACAUGAACCAUAUUCUUCAUCGUGAUGUUAAGUGCUCAAAUAUAUUCUUGACAAAAGAUCAUGACAUGGUUCUUGGUGAUUUUGGACUUGCCAAAAUGUUGACUUCAGAUGAUCUUACUUCCUCUGUUGUGGGAACUCCUAGCUAUAUGUGCCCUGAGCUCCUUGCUGAUAUACCUUAUGGUUCUAAAUCAGAUAUUUGGUCCUUGGGAUGCUGUAUAUAUGAAAUGACCUCGCAUAAGCCUGCAUUCAAAGCAUUUGAUAUACAAUCACUGAUUAACAAGAUUAAUAAGUCUGUAGUGGCUCCGCUGCCAACAAAAUAUUCUGCUGCAUUUCGAGGUCUUGUUAAAAGCAUGCUGCGGAAAAAUCCAGAGCUUAGGCCUAGUGCUGCAGAGCUACUUGGGCACCCACAUCUUCAACCUCAUGUUCUUAAGAUCCAUCUCAAAAUCAAUAGCCCCAGGCGAAAUACGUUGUCAGGUCAUAGUCCAGAAUCCAACUGCAUGAAGAAAACUAGAUUUUUGAAGCAAGAUGAUCCUGUUUCUAUCCCUGGGGAUAAAUGGUAUUCUUUCAGCAAUGAUCGGACUUUAAAUCCUAGUGUAUCUGGAGCAGACCAAGAUUCUCUAUGCUCUACCCUAGAAAUAAAUUGUACUCCUGAUCAUUUGAAUCAAAGAUUAGCUGAACUGUGUGUUGGAGAUAGCCAUGAAGUGAAGUCAAUCCAUAAGCCAGUUGUUUCCAAAACUCCUAGUAUUGCCAAGACUCCUAGUCCUAGACCCACUUCAUCAAAAGCUUCUGCCACCCCCAAGAAAUCAAUGGAAUCCUCAAAAAAUCAUAACGCGCUUCCUGUUUCACGCAAUACCAAACAAACUGUCCAUACGAUUCGCAGAGCAUCAUUGCCGUUGCCAAGAAGUAGUGCCGUUCGGCAGCCUCCUCGCAGGCCCAGUAUUGGUUUUCUUGGCCAUUUAAAUUCGCCCAAUAUUUCAGUUAACACACCCCGUAUUGAUAAGAUAGCAGAAUUCCCAUUAGCAUCAUAUGAAGAUCAAUUUCUUCCCAUCAAUAGACCUUCACCAACAUCUGCGAAGGGUUCCUCAGGCUCCCCUCCUUGUGGCGAUGAUUCAACUUUGAUAGACAAAUGCACAGUUGAGGUAUGUGACAGAGCCUACAUCAAACCUAGUCGUACUGAUGCCUGGCGGGGAAUCAAGCGCAGCAUGUUCAAGGAAAAUGAAGAGGACAAAAGUGACUCAUCUGAUCAACAUGCUACUGCUGGAGCAUCUAGCCACAACUCUUCAGACUUGCGCCGCCGGCAGUUUGAUACUUCAUCAUUCCAACAAAGGGCUGAAGCUUUAGAAGGAUUGCUUGAAUUUAGUGCGAGAUUACUGCAGCAGGAAAGGUAUGGAGAACUUGGUGUUUUGUUAAAACCGUUUGGGCCCGGGAAGGCUUCCCCAAGGGAAACUGCUAUUUGGUUGAGCAAGAGUUUCAAAGAGAACACUUUCAAUCGGGAACAAUCCGCUUAAAGUGCUGCAAUAUCUUACGUAGUCAUGUUUGUAGAGUUCGGUGUUUCUUUCUUUUCACACGGUAACAUUUAAACAGCUGAUUUUUGUAGGUGACAUCUUUUUUUCAUUUACCCCACUUCAUUUUCACUUU